GGCCCUGCAUUUGUUGAUAGAAACCUAACCUGUAUCGCAAUUUUUUUUCUCUAUUGAUUUGUCUAUUGACUUGUCUGUUAGUUGCGUGACGGAUAUUGUUCCGUUACGAAAUUGAAGCAAGAUGGACAAGCACGAAAGUAUAAAUAAAAUAUUCUUGGGUGAAAUUGUUUCAAUUCAAAAUUAUGGAGCUUUUAUCAGAAUACCGGGUACGUCGGAACAGGGCUUGGUACACCGGUCGCAGGUAAGCACGGUUCAUGUCGACAAUGUUGCAGAGGUUUUGCAAAAGGGUGAGCGGGUCUGGUGUAAGAUAAUCUCCAUUACGGAGGAUGGUAAAAUAGGGCUAUCCAUGAAGUAUGUAAAUCAAGGAAAUGGCACAGACCUGGACCCUAACGGCGUCGAGCUGCAGAGAGACAUACAACGAAAGAAGAACCCAGGGACGAUUCAGCGAAAGGUUAUACAGUUAGAAGCAAUAUUGAAUACUACAUGUACCAAGUGUGGAACCAAAGGACAUUUGUCCAAGGAUUGCUUUAUGUCUCCCGAUGGUAAGAAGUACGAACUGAUCCCGGAAAUCGAAGAGAAAAGUAUUCCAGAACCGAAUAACGAAAAAAACACUGAAAAAAAAGUAGAAAAGAAACACAAGUCAAAAAAGAAGAAGAGAAAGUCGAAAAAGAGCAAACAAUCCUCUGACGACAGCGAGGCCGAGGACAAGGAGAGAAGUAAGAAGAAAAAGAAGAAAACUUCUAAGGAACAUAAGAAGCACAAGAAGAAGUACAGUAGCAGCUCAAGCGACUCGUCAUCUAGCCACGAUGUAAAGGCUCACAAACGGAAACACUUGGAGGAGCACGAACCGCAUACCAAAAAAUGCAAGCAUGCGAAAAUUAAGCAUUCAGAUUAAUUGAUAUCAACCACGCUUUUCUUAAUAAAUAUAAGCUCGCUAUUAUA